AUGGCCAAGUCGAAGAACAGCUCGCAGCACAACCAGUCGGCCAAGGCCCACCGCAACGGCAUCAAGAAGCCCAAGACGAACAAGUACCCGUCGCUGCGCGGUGUCGACCCGAAGUUCCUGCGCAACCAGCGCUACGCCAAGCACGGCACCGAGAAGGCUGUGCGCGAGGCGCGCGCC